AUGCCUUUAUCGUAUUUUCACCUCAGAGACGCAAUUGCGAAGGCCAGGAUACCCUGCAGCUGCAGGCUCAUUUACAACGCUGCACCUGCACCACCCCCAACAUUUGCUUCUAUUCAAGAUGCCCCAUUCAACCAACCUCCUUCCGUCUUCUCCUCACUCUUACAUGAUUUCUCGAAUACCCUUAUCCAUGUCAAGUCUAUUCAUGCACAGAUUAUUAGGAAUUGGGUAUCCACUGAACACUUUUUGGCGGCAAAACUCAUCAAGUCUUAUUCUGAUUUGGGUUUUCUUAGUGUUGCCCGCAAGGUGUUUGAUCAAUGUUCUCACCCAGAAACCACUCUUUGUAAUGCCAUGAUGGUUGGGUUCCAGAGAAACCAUCAAUACAAGGAGGUUCCCAAGUUGUUUAAAAUGAUGGGGUCUUGUGAUAUAGAAAUUAAUAGUUACACAUGUAUCUUUGCUCUCAAGGCCUGCACCAGCUUAUUGGAUAAUGAGAUUGGUAUGGAAAUUGUUAGGACAGCUGUUGGGAGGGGAUUCCAUUUGCAUCCUUAUGUUGGCAGUUCAAUGAUUAAUUUUUUGGUAAAAUCUGGCAAUCUUGGUGAUGCGCGAGCUGUCUUUGAUGGGAUGCCUGAAAGGGAUGUUGUCUGCUGGAAUUCAAUCAUUGGGGGUUAUGUGCAGGAGUGCCUCUUUAAGGAGGCAAUUCAAAUGUUCCUUGAGAUGAUUGGUUGUGGGAUAAAGCCAAGUCCUGUGACUAUGGCAAGCUUACUCAAAGCUUGUGGAGAAAGUGGACUUAAAAAAAUUGGAACAUGUGUUCACAGUUGUGUCCUUGCUUUAGGCAUGGGCAAUGAUGUAUUUGUGCUUACUUCAUUAGUUGAUAUGUAUAAUAAUAUGGGUGACACUGACAGUGCUUAUUUGGUUUUCAAUAGCAUGUGCAGUAGAAAUUUGAUUUCAUGGAAUGCUAUGAUUUCAGGAUAUGUUCAAAAUGGUAUGAUACCUGAAUCUUUUGCUCUAUUUCAUAGACUAGUCCAAAGUGGUGCUGGGUUUGAUUCAGGAACCUUGGUGAGCCUUAUUCGGGGAUGUUCUCAAACAUCUGACUUGGAAAGUGGAAAAAUCCUCCACGCUUGUAUCAUUAGAAAAGGACUUGAAUCAAAUCUAAUUUUGUCCACUGCAAUUGUUGACAUGUAUUCUAAAUGUGGUGCCACAAAGCAGGCAACUAUUGUUUUUGGAAGAAUGGAAAAAAGGAAUGUAGUUACUUGGACUGCUAUGCUGGUGGGUUUAUCGCAAAAUGGCUAUGCAGAGGAUGCCCUGAAAUUAUUUUGUCAGAUGCAAGAAGAAAAUGUGGCUGCCAAUUCUGUCACUCUUGUUAGUCUUGUGCAUUGCUGUGCCCACCUAGGAUCUCUCAAGAAAGGAAGGAGUGUCCAUGGUCAUUUGAUCCGGCAUGGUUAUGCAUUUGAUGCAGUUAAUAUGUCAGCCUUGAUUGAUAUGUAUGCCAAGUGUGGUAAAAUUCACUCUGCUGAGAAGUUAUUCAAUAAUGGAUUCUGUUUAAAAGAUGUCAUACUCUGUAACUCUAUGAUCAUGGGUUAUGGAAUGCAUGGUCAUGGAAAUAAUGCUCUCUGUGUCUAUGAUAGAAUGAUAGAGGAAAGGCUCAAGCCAAAUCAAACUACAUUUGUUUCUCUUCUAACAGCUUGCAGUCACUCGGGCCUUGUUGAAGAGGGUAAGACUUUGUUCCACUGUAUGGAAAGAGAUCAUAACAUUAAGCCUAGUGAUAAACACUAUGCUUGUCUUGUGGAUCUUCUUAGUCGAGCAGGCUGUCUUGAGGAAGCAGAUGCAUUGGUGAAACAAAUGCCCUUCGAACCCAGCACGGAUGUGUUCGAAGCUUUGCUAAGUGGUUGCAGAACACAUAAGAAUAUUAAUAUGGGGAUACAAAUUGCAGAUAGAUUAAUUUCUUUAGAUUAUUUGAACUCUGGAAUUUAUGUCAUGUUAUCAAAUAUAUAUGCUGAUGGAAGACGAUGGGAGUCAGUGAAUUACAUAAGAGGCCUCAUGAGGAUACGGGGCCUGAAGAAAACACCUGCUUAUAGUUUGAUUGAAAUAGGAAACCGGGUAUACACAUUUUUUGCUGGUGAUGAUUCACAUCCUGGUUGGACAGAUAUUUGUCAAUUAUUAGAAAAUUUGAGGCUUGAGGUGGAGGCUUCUGGUUACCUUCCUGAUACCAGUUGUGUUCUUCGUGAUGUAAAUGAGCCAUUGAAGGUUAAGUUGCUCUGGGGACACAGUGAGAGAUUAGCUAUUGCAUUUGGUCUUUUAAGUACACCAUAUGGAAGCUUGAUUAGGAUCACCAAAAAUCUUCGUGUUUGUGUUGACUGUCAUACUGUUACCAAAUACAUAUCAAAAAUAGUGAAGAGGGAAAUUAUUGUUAGGGAUGCUAAUCGUUUCCAUCAUUUUGUUAAUGGGGAAUGCUCCUGUAAUGAUUACUGGUAAUGAGGACAAGCUGAGAAGCUAUGGGCAAGUGGCAAAAGUUACCUUAAUGAGGACAUUAAUCAAUUGGCUAAUGUCACAUUAUUGGUACCCAUAUCUCUAGUCUGGGAGAAUUUACAAGAAGAGAAAUAUGUUUAUUUC